AUGGCUGUGUACAUCGGACUCACUACCUCAGAAACAGGUCCCACAAAUGUUAAUGUGAUUCCAACAAUGACCAAGAUACAAAUGCUUGCAGGAGCAAGCCCUGUCCACAACGAACUGGUCUGCAGUACAUGGGGUAACUACCAUUUCAAGACCUUCGAUGGAGACAUCUUCCAGCUCCCGUCCAGCUGCAACUACAUCCUGACCUCUCAGUGUAAGAGCAGCUAUGAGGAUUUCAACAUCCAGAUGAGGAGGGAGGUGGAGAAUGGCCUGCCAACAAUCAGCAAGAUCACCAUGAUGCUGGAGGGCACUGUGGUCGAGCUGAUGAAGGGCACUGUCUCUGUCAAUGGGGAAAUUGUGACGCUGCCAUUCAGUGAAUCAGGAGUUCAGAUUGAGAAGAGCCCUUCCUACAUCAACAUCAAGGCAAAGCUGGGGCUCUUGGUCAAGUGGAAUGAGGAUGAUGCCUUCCUGGUGGAAUUGGACAAAAAAUACGCAAACCAAACAUGUGGGUUGUGUGGAGACUUCAAUGGCGUCCAGACUUACAAUGAGUUUGUCACAGAUGAUGGUGUACCAAUUUCUACUCUUGACUAUGGAAACAUCUGGAAGUUGGAUGGUCCAACUGAAACCUGUAAUGAGCCAGUUGAACCUGAACCAGUGUGCAGAGAUAUGACAUCGGUGUGUGACCAGCUGCUCUCCAGCCCAGCCUUUGGAAGCUGUAAAGACCUAGUGGACAUUGAUUCAUUUGUCAAGGCCUGUGCAAGGGACCUCUGCCAGUGUGCCAACAGCUCUGACUCGUUCUGCCUGUGCGGCACCGUAUCUGAGUACUCGCGUCAGUGCAUCCAUGCCGGCGGGAAACCCGGCGAGUGGAGGACAGAAGAGUUCUGCCCAAAGUCAUGCCCCACCAACAUGGUGCACCAGGAGUGUGGAAGCCCAUGUGUUGACACUUGCUCAAACCCUGACAGAGGACAGGUGUGUGAGGAGCACUGCAUGGAUGGAUGCUUCUGCCCACCAGGCACUGUGUUUGACGACGUCACUGGGAAGGGCUGCAUCAGUGUGACAGAGUGCUCCUGUGGCAACAACGGAAACAUAUACCAACCUGGAGAAUCUUACUCCAGCAACUGUAAGCACUGUACCUGUGGUGCAGGACAGUGGAGCUGUAAGGAGGAAGACUGCCCAGCAACAUGCUCUGUGGAGGGAGGGUCCCACUUUUUCACCUUUGAUGGGAAAGCCUACACUUUCCAUGGGGACUGUUCAUAUGUCCUCACCAAGCAAUGCAAUGGGACCGACUUCACAGUUCUGGGAGAUCUUGUUAGGUGUGGUUUAACUGAAACAGAAACCUGUCUGAAGGCUGUAACACUUGCCGUUGCUGGAAACACUGUGAUCAAUAUCCAGCCCAAUGGAAAAGUUUUCAUCAACAGGAUCUACUCUCAGUUGCCCCUGUCUACAGCUGGAGUGAAAAUCUUUGAAGCGUCCACAUUUUUCAUCAUCGUUCAGACCUCAGUUGGUAUUCAGCUGGAAAUUCAGCUGUCACCGACCAUGCAGGUGUACAUCACAGCAAGUUCUGAGCUCAAGCAGAAGACAUGUGGUCUGUGUGGAAACUUUAACAACAUUCAGGCUGACGAUUUCUUGACAAUGAGUGGAAUCACAGAGGGAACGGCAUCCGGCUUUGCCAACACCUGGAAAACAAGAGCCAGUUGCCCUGAUGUGAAGAGCAGUUUGGAGAACCCCUGCAGCCUGAGCUUCGACAACGAGAAGUAUGCCCAAAAGUGGUGCUCCCUGCUCACGGAUGCUGACGGGGUGUUUUCCCCGUGCCACAAUGAAAUCAACCCUGACAUCUACAAAGAGAACUGCAUGUAUGACAGCUGCAACUGUGAGAAGAGUGAGGACUGCAUGUGUGCUGCCCUCUCCUCCUAUGUGCAUGCAUGCGCAGCCAAAGGCAUCCAGCUAAAUGGCUGGAGAGACACGGCCUGCAAGGAGUACGCCACCAACUGCCCGAGCAACAUGGUCUACGCCUACAGCAUAGAAAACAGUGACCGCUCCUGCCGUUGCUACAGUGACCCCGACUUCACCUGUUCAGUAACAUUUGCAUCUGUGGAUGGAUGCAUCUGUGCAAAGGGGAUGUAUUUGGAUGAAGGCGGAAAAUGUGUUGCACCAGCGAGCUGCUCCUGCUACUACAAAGGCCAGGUGAUCCCUCCUGGGGAGGUCAUCAGCAAGGACAAGGCCACGUGCACAUGCAAAGCAGGCAAACUCAGUUGCAUGGGAGAAACUACACAUCUGCCAACAUGCCCAGCACCCAUGGUGUACUUCAACUGCUCCAGUGCUGACCCAGCAGCCAAAGGCUCCGAGUGUCAGAGGAGUUGUUCAACCCUGCACAUGGCCUGUAUCAGCUCAGAGUGUGUCUCAGGCUGUGUGUGUCCUUCUGGCCUGGUCUCCGAUGGAAAGGGUGGCUGUGUAAAGGAGGACCAGUGCCCCUGUUACCACAAUGGAGCUCAGUACAAACCUGGGGACAGCAUCAAGGUGGACUGCAAUAAAUGUACUUGCAAAGACAGCAAAUGGGACUGCAGCUCAAACUUGUGCCAUGGCACCUGUGCCAUCUAUGGAGAUGGACAUUACAUCACUUUUGAUGGGAAGAGAUUCAGCUUUGAUGGUGGUUGUGAAUACAUCCUAACCGAGAAUUCCUGUGGACAUGGGAGUGCUAAUGGAACAUUCCGAGUCAUCACUGAGAACGUCCCCUGUGGAACCACCGGAACCACCUGUUCCAAAGCCAUCAAGAUAUUUUUGGGGAGUAACGAGUUGAUACUGACAGACGGAGGUUACCAAGUUGUCAAGAGGAAUGCAGGAGAAGAGGUGCCCUUCCAGAUCCGCACCAUGGGGAUCUACCUUGUGAUUGAAGCUAAAAAUGGGCUGAUUCUCAUGUGGGACAGAAAAACAAGUCUGUUCAUCAAGCUUAGUCCAGAGUUCAAGGGUGAUGUUUGCGGCCUGUGUGGAAACUAUGAUGGCAACGCCAAUAAUGACUUUGUUACGAGAAACCAAGGACAGGCCAUUAAGUCUCUGGAGUUUGGAAACAGCUGGAAAGUUUCUCCAAGCUGCCCUGAUGCCAAACAGACCAAAAAUCCCUGCACAUCCAACCCUUACAGAAAAUCUUGGGCUCAGAAAAAGUGUAGCAUUAUCAUAAGUGAAGCGUUUGCAUCGUGCCAUUAUCAGGUGGAUCCUUCUCCAUUUUAUGAUUCUUGCGUGAGUGACUCGUGUGCCUGUGAUAGUGGUGGAGACUGUGAGUGCUUCUGCACUGCAGUGGCAUCUUAUGCAGCUGCCUGCAAUGAAGCAGGAGCCUGUGUGGCCUGGAGAACCCCAAAUAUCUGCCCUCUCUUCUGUGAUUACUACAACCCACCGGGUGAGUGUGAGUGGCACUAUAAACCCUGCGGAGCUCCAUGCAUGAAGACCUGCAGGAAUCCCACAGGGCAGUGCUCUCAGCAGAUACCAGCACUGGAAGGUUGCUACCCCCAAUGCCCUGCCGAUGAGCCCUUUUUUGACGAAGACACCAUGAAAUGUGUACAAAGGGAGAAAUGUGGUUGUUUUGAUGAUGAAGGCAGACACUACGUCAAUGGAGAGAAAGUCCCUACGUCAGCCAACUGUAGAACAUGGUAUAAUCCAAAUCAGACAUAUUUCGACACCUUCAACUCCAACACCAACAACGACCACAAGUACAACUACAACAACAGUGCCGACACCAACAGUGAUUACCUUCACCACCCCGCAAUCAACAACAGAUACUACGACUCCGACCACAACAACAACAUCCACAAGUACACCUACGCCCACAACAACAACGUCCACAACAUCUACAACCACCGAAACACCUACAACCAAGCCAUGCACAUUACAAUGUUGUGGACCAUGUGUGGACACUACUACGACGACAACAACUACGACACCAACACCAACCACAACUACACCUACGACCACAACAACAACGUCCACAAUAUCUACAACCACCGAAACACCUACAACACCCAGUACCACUGUCACUGUGCCAACUACAACAACUACGACACCAACAACAACCACAACUCCACCUACGACCACAACAACAACGUCCACAACAUCUACAACCACAGAAACACCUACAACCAAGCCAUGCACAUUACAAUGUUGUGGACCAUGUGUGGACACUACUACGACGACAACAACUACGACACCAACACCAACCACAACUACACCUACGACCACAACAACAACGUCCACAAUAUCUACAACCACCGAAACACCUACAACACCCAGUACCACUGUCACUGUGCCAACUACUACGACUACGUCAACGACAACAACCCCGACACCAACAACAACCACAACUACACCUACGCCCACAACAACAACGUCCACAACAUCUACAACCACCGAAACACCUACAACCAAGCCAUGCACAUACGUAUCGGUUGUACACAGCCAACAAAGGUUGAUUGCAGGGCCAAGAUGUAUCCAACCUUACCCCUUACUCAGUUGGGCCAAGAUGUCAUUUGCAGUCCAUCUGAAGGACUUGUUUGCUUGAACAAAAACCAGGGAAAUAAGCAAGAGUGUUUCGAUUAUGAAAUUCGAGUACAAUGUUGUGCACCAUGUCCGACAACUACUACGACGACGACGACAACACCGACACCAACAACAACCACAACUCCACCUACGACCACAACAACAACGUCCACAACUACACCUACGACCACCGGAACACCUACAACACCUAGUACCACUGUCACUGUGCCAACUACUACGACUACGUCAACGACAACAACCCCGACACCAACAACAACCACAACUACACCUAAGCCCACAACAACAACGUCCACAACAUCUACAACCACCGAAACACCUACAACCAAGCCAUGCACAUGUGAAUGGUCUGACUGGAUUGAUCUUGGAGCCCCAACACCUGGCCCUGAUGGAGGAGACACUGAGUCAAUUUCACAACUUAUCAAUUCCAAACGUAUUGGUUGUACACAGCCAACAAAGGUUGAUUGCAGGGCCAAGAUGUAUCCAACCUUACCCCUUACUCAGUUGGGCCAAGAUGUAAUUUGCAGUCCAUCUGAAGGACUUGUUUGCUUGAACAAAAACCAGGGAAAUAAGCAAGAGUGUUUCGAUUAUGAAAUUCGAGUACAAUGUUGUGCACCAUGUCCGACAACUACUACGACUACGACGACGACGACAACACCGACACCAACAACAACAACGUCCACAACUACACCUACGACCACAUCAACAACGUCCACAACUACACCUACGACCACCGGAACACCUACAACACCCAGUACCACUGUCACUGUGGCAGAUACUACGACUACGUCAACAACCCCGACACCAACAACAACCACAACUACACCUACGCCCACAACAACAACGUCCACAACAUCUACAACCACCGAAACACCUACAACCAAGCCAUGCACAUGUGAAUGGUCUGACUGGAUUGAUCUUGGAUCCCCAACACCUGGCCCUGAUGGAGGAGACACUGAGUCAAUUUCACAACUCAUCGAUUCCAGACGUAUCGGUUGUACACAGCCAACAAAGGUUGAUUGCAGGGCCAAGAUGUAUCCAACCUUACCCCUUACUCAGUUGGGCCAAGAUGUCAUUUGCAGUCCAUCUGAAGGACUUGUUUGCUUGAACAAAAACCAGGGAAAUAAGCAAGAGUGUUUCGAUUAUGAAAUUCGAGUACAAUGUUGUGCACCAUGUCCGACAACUACUACGACGACGACGACAACACCGACACCAACAACAACCACAACUCCACCUACGACCACAACAACAACGUCCACAACUACACCUACGACCACCGGAACACCUACAACACCCAGUACCACUGUCACUGUGCCAACUACUACGACUACGUCAACGACAACAACCCAGACACCAACAACAACCACAACUCCACCUACGACCACAACAACAACGUCCACAACUACACCUACGACCACCGGAACACCUACAACACCCAGUACCACGGUCACUGUGCCAACUACUACGACUACGUCAACGACAACAACCCCGACACCAACAACAACCACAACUACACCUACGCCCACAACAACAACGUCCACAACAUCUACAACCACAGAAACACCUACAACCAAGCCAUGCACAUGUGAAUGGUCUGACUGGAUUGAUCUUGGAGCCCCAACACCUGGCCCUGAUGGAGGAGACACUGAGUCAAUUUCACAACUUAUCAAUUCCAAACGUAUUGGUUGUACACAGCCAACAAAGGUUGAUUGCAGGGCCAAGAUGUAUCCAACCUUACCCCUUACUCAGUUGGGCCAAGAUGUCAUUUGCAGUCCAUCUGUAGGACUUGUUUGCUUAAACAAAAACCAGGGAAUUAAGCAAGAGUGUUUUGAUUAUGAAAUUCGAGUACAAUGUUGUGGACCAUGUGUGGGCACUACUACGACGACAACAACUACGACACCAACACCAACCACAACUACACCUACGACCACAACAACAACGUCCACAAUAUCUACAACCACCGAAACACCUACAACACCCAGUACCACUGUCACUGUGCCAACUACUACGACUACAUCAACGACGACAACACCGACACCAACAACAACCACAACUCCACCUACGACCACAACAACAACGUCCACAACUACACCUACGACCACCGGAACACCUACAACACCCAGUACCACUGUCACUGUGCCAACUACUACGACUAUGUCAACGACAACAACCCCGACACCAACAACAACCACAACUACACCUACGCCCACAACAACAACGUCCACAACUACACCUACGACCACCGGAACACCUACAACACCCAGUACCACGGUCACUUUACCAACAUCAUCAUCAAUAACUGCACCCCCUCCCAAAAACUGCACAUGUGAAUGGUCUGACUGGAUUGAUCUUGGAUCCCCAACACCUGGCCCUGAUGGAGGAGACACUGAGUCAAUUUCACAACUUAUCAAUUCCAAACGUAUUGGUUGUACACAGCCAACAAAUGUUGAUUGCAGGGCCAAGAUGUAUCCUACCUUACCCCUUACUCAGUUGGGCCAAGAUGUCAUUUGCAGUCCAUCUGUAGGACUUGUUUGCUUGAACAAAAACCAGGGAAAUAAGCAAGAGUGUUUCGAUUAUGAAAUUCGAGUACAAUGUUGUGCACCAUGUCCGACAACUACUACGACGACGACAACAACCCCGACACCAACAACAUCCACAACUACACCUACGACCACAACAACAACCACAUCUACAUCUACGACCACCAAAACACCUACAACACCUAGUACCACUGUCACUGUGCCAACUACUACGACGACGACGACAACUCCGACACCAACAACAACCACAACUCCACCUACGACCACAACAACAACGUCCACAACUACACCUACGACCACCGGAACACCUACAACACCUAGUACCACUGUCACUGUGCCAACUACUACGACUACGUCAACGACAACAACCCCGACACCAACAACAACCACAACUACACCUACGCCCACAACAACAACGUCCACAACAUCUACAACCACCGAAACACCUACAACACCCAGUACCACGGUCACUUUACCAACAUCAUCAUCAAUAACUGCACCCCCUCCCAAAAACUGCACAUGUGAAUGGUCUGACUGGAUUGAUCUUGGAUCCCCAACACCUGGCCCUGAUGGAGGAGACACUGAAUCAAUUUCACAACUUAUCAAUUCCAAACGUAUUGGUUGUACACAGCCAACAAAGGUUGAUUGCAGGGCCAAGAUGUAUCCAACCUUACCCCUUACUCAGUUGGGCCAAGAUGUCAUUUGCAGUCCAUCUGUAGGACUUGUUUGCUUGAACAAAAACCAGGGAAAUAAGCAAGAGUGUUUCGAUUAUGAAAUUCGAGUACAAUGUUGUGCACCAUGUCCGACAACUACUACGACGACGACGACAACUCCGACACCAACAACAACCACAACUCCACCUACGACCACAACAACAACGUCCACAACUACACCUACGACCACCGGAACACCUACAACACCUAGUACCACUGUCACUGUGCCAACUACUACGACUACGUCAACGACAACAACCCCGACACCAACAACAACCACAACUACACCUACGCCCACAACAACAACGUCCACAACAUCUACAACCACCGAAACACCUACAACACCCAGUACCACGGUCACUUUACCAACAUCAUCAUCAAUAACUGCACCCCCUCCCAAAAACUGCACAUGUGAAUGGUCUGACUGGAUUGAUCUUGGAUCCCCAACACCUGGCCCUGAUGGAGGAGACACUGAGUCAAUUUCACAACUUAUCAAUUCCAAACGUAUUGGUUGUACACAGCCAACAAAGGUUGAUUGCAGGGCCAAGAUGUAUCCAACCUUACCCCUUACUCAGUUGGGCCAAGAUGUCAUUUGCAGUCCAUCUGUAGGACUUGUUUGCUUGAACAAAAACCAGGCAAAUAAGCAAGAGUGUUUCGAUUAUGAAAUUCGAGUACAAUGUUGUGCACCAUGUCCGACAACUACUACGACGACGACGACAACUCCGACACCAACAACAACCACAACUCCACCUACGACCACAACAACAACGUCCACAACAUCUACAACCACCGAAACACCUACAACACCUAGUACCACUGUCACUGUGCCAACUACUACGACGACGACGACAACUCCGACACCAACAACAACCACAACUACACCUACGCCCACAACAACAACGUCCACAACUACACCUACGACCACCGGAACACCUACAACACCUAGUACCACUGUCACUGUGCCAACUACUACGACUACAUCAACGACAACAACCCCGACACCAACAACAACCACAACUACACCUACGCCCACAACAACAACGUCCACAACAUCUACAACCACCGAAACACCUACAACACCCAGUACCACGGUCACUUUACCAACAUCAUCAUCAAUAACUGCACCCCCUCCCAAAAACUGCACAUGUGAAUGGUCUGACUGGAUUGAUCUUGGAUCCCCAACACCUGGCCCUGAUGGAGGAGACACUGAAUCAAUUUCACAACUUAUCAAUUCCAAACGUAUUGGUUGUACACAGCCAACAAAGGUUGAUUGCAGGGCCAAGAUGUAUCCAACCUUACCCCUUACUCAGUUGGGCCAAGAUGUCAUUUGCAGUCCAUCUGAAGGACUUGUUUGCUUGAACAAAAACCAGGCAAAUAAGCAAGAGUGUUUCGAUUAUGAAAUUCGAGUACAAUGUUGUGCACCAUGUCCGACAACUACUACGACGACGACGACAACUCCGACACCAACAACAACCACAACUCCACCUACGACCACAACAACAACGUCCACAACAUCUACAACCACCGAAACACCUACAACACCCAGUACCACUGUCACUGUGCCAACUACUACGACGACGACGACAACUCCGACACCAACAACAACCACAACUACACCUACGCCCACAACAACAACGUCCACAACUACACCUACGACCACCGGAACACCUACAACACCUAGUACCACUGUCACUGUGCCAACUACUACGACUACAUCAACGACAACAACCCCGACACCAACAACAACCACAACUACACCUACGCCCACAACAACAACGUCCACAACAUCUACAACCACCGAAACACCUACAACACCCAGUACCACGGUCACUUUACCAACAUCAUCAUCAAUAACUGCACCCCCUCCCAAAAACUGCACAUGUGAAUGGUCUGACUGGAUUGAUCUUGGAUCCCCAACACCUGGCCCUGAUGGAGGAGACACUGAAUCAAUUUCACAACUUAUCAAUUCCAAACGUAUUGGUUGUACACAGCCAACAAAGGUUGAUUGCAGGGCCAAGAUGUAUCCAACCUUACCCCUUACUCAGUUGGGCCAAGAUGUCAUUUGCAGUCCAUCUGUAGGACUUGUUUGCUUGAACAAAAACCAGGCAAAUAAGCAAGAGUGUUUCGAUUAUGAAAUUCGAGUACAAUGUUGUGCACCAUGUCCGACAACUACUACGACGACGACGACAACUCCGACACCAACAACAACCACAACUCCACCUACGCCCACAACAACAACGUCCACAACAUCUACAACCACCGAAACACCUACAACACCCAGUACCACUGUCACUGUGCCAACUACUACUACUACGUCAACGACAACAACCCCGACACCAACAACAACCACAACUACACCUACGACCACAACAACAACGUCCACAACAUCUACUACAUCUACGACCACCAAAACACCUUCACCACCAAGUACCACUGUCACAGUGCCAACUACUACGACUACGACAACGACAACUCCGACUCCAACAACAACCACAACUCCACCUACGACCACAACAACAACGUCCACAACUACACCUACCACCACAACAUUGUCCACCACCUCUAUCACCCACAGUACUGUCACUGCCCACCCUGCCUCAUUUACAACUGUUUCAUCAACCACAUUUACAGUGCGUACCGGGCCUACUUUCAAACCAUCUCCACAAGUUGUCUUGUCUACCACCACAAAAAAACCAUCUCCACCUUGUAAUGGUUGCGAAGAUGUAAAUGGAAAGCUUCACCCUGCAGGCAAGUGUCUCUGAUUUUCAUGUAUUUUACACAUAAUGAGAGGAUUUCAGUAGAAAUUCUUAAACCCAAUUCUUAAACCCAACGUCCGUUUUUUACACAGGUUCUGUUAUUUAUAAUCGUACCGAUCAUGAAGGAUGCAGUUUCUUUGCCCUUUGCACUGAAAACUGCACAAUAGUGAAGGGCAUCACAUGUACCUCUACAAGUGCUCCACCCACAACUACUGCAACUCCUCCUACCACUGUUUCUUCAACAACUAAACCCAAGAUCAUUGACUGUGGUAGCAAAAAGAAUGGAGAAAGUUGGAACUCCACUAAGGACAACUGUACGACUGAAAGAUGUGACAAUGGCGUUGUUAGCAAGCACCCUAAGGAAUGUCCACAUGUACCGGAGCCUAAUUGUCAGAACGGGUACCCUCCAAUAUCUGUUCAUGAUGAAUCAGGGUGCUGUUACGUACAGGAAUGUCAAUGUGAGUAUUUCUAAUGUCAAAGACAAAAAUGAUUGGAUUGAUGAUAAUAAUCAAUAUAUCAGGA